AUGAAUAAAAAAAUCUUGUUGCUCGCUAUGAUGCUUCUAUUAAUUGAAUCCUAAAAUUAUAGCAAAACAAUAUGUGAAUGCUCUCAACUGUUAUCAGAGGAUGAUUGCAUCAUGGCGAUGUGUACUUGGGAUGUAAAAAAUACACCUUUUUGUCAAAAAUCUGCUCCCAAAAAUGUACCAAUAACACAUUCACAAUACUGUAGUUCUUAUAUUGAAUCGGAUUGUCCAAAAAUUUUUGGUUGUGCUUGGGUUGAAUUAAAAUGUACAUUCUUCACAGGAUGUACACCUUUUACUAAAAAAAUUGAUUCUGAAUGCUAAGCAAUAAGUAAAAGAUGUAUUACAGAUGGAACUCAUUGUGUUGAAAUUGAUGCUUGUAGUACUUAUAAGAAACAAGUCCCAUGUGUGAAAAAUGCUGCUGGAAGCUUAUGCUAUUGGGAUACAACAAAUAAUACAUGUGUUGAUGCUAAUACAUGUGAUUAAUUACCAACAACAUUUGUAAUAGAUAAAGAUUGCAGAGAUGUGAUUUCAACUUGUACGACAAAAACUGGUGGUGGAUGUGUUGAUAGUGGAAAUAACUGCAGUGAUUAAACAUUGGAAAUUUAAUGUGUUUGGAAUAAAUUAAGUACUACUGCUUGUUAUUGGGAUGGAGAUAAAUGCAAAGAUAGAAUUUGUGAUAAUGCAUCAACCAGUAUGACUACUGAUGAUGCCUGUAAGACAUUUAGAACUGAUGGAACAUGUACAACUAAAGCCAAUGGGGGAUGUGUAACUAGAACUACUUGUGCAGCUGCAGUUAUUGAAGCCUCAUGUAUUAAAGAUAGUUCAGGAGGUGAUUGUUAUUGGACAGGAACUGCUUGUGUAGAUAAGACAUGUGCAAAUGCACCAGUUACUAAUACAACUAAUUCAGCUUGUGCAGGGUUUGUUGCAGGAUGUAUCACUAAAUCAGGAGGUGGCUGUGUUGCUAAUGGAGCUUGUUCUGUUGCUAAUGUUUAAGCAGCUUGUGUUAAGAACUCAAGCAAUUUUGAUUGCAUUUGGGAUACAGCUUGUAAAGAAAAAACAUGUGCAAAUGCCCCAACAUCCAAUAACACUCAUGAUUUAUGUACAUCUUAUUUAUCUACUUGUACUGUUAAGUCAGAUGGUGGAUGUUAAAAUAGAACAUGUGCGAAUGCUCCAACAACAUUGACAACAAAUGAUGCAUGUGAAGCUUAUUUAACAGGAAAUAAUUGUAUAACAAAAACAGGAGGUGGAUGUGUUACAAAUACUACUUGUGCUGCCAUAACCUUAGAGGCUGCUUGUGUUAAGAAUUCUACAGGGUCAACUUGUUUCUGGGAUACUGCAAACUCAAGUUGCAAAGAUAAAACAUGUGGGAAUGCUCCAAAAACUAACACUACUCAUGAUCUCUGUUAAGCUUUCUUAUAUACUUGUACAGUUAAAUCAACAGGUGAUGGAUGUGUUGAAAAAACAUGUGAAAAUUCAUUAGUAUUAGAUGCGUGUGAUAAAGAUUUAAAAUAUAGAGCGUGCAUUUGGAAACCAAAAUGCUAUUAAAAGCAAUGUGUGUUGGCUUCAUCCACCACUAUUACUCAUGCUGAUUGUUAAGCCUAUCACUCAUCUUGUACCUUAAGUAAUUCAGGCUCAGGAUGUGUUCUACUUCCACUUAAAUGUGAAGCUAUUACCCUUGAAGCUGCUUGUAAAAUGAAAGCUAAUAAGAAACCAUGCGGAUGGAAUGGAUCUUAAUGUAUUAGGAAAGCUUGUUCAACUGCCUCUAAAUUAUUCACAACUACUGUAUAAUGUUAAGAACAUCUACCAAAUUGUGUUGUUAAUAAUCCUGUAAAUAUUAAUGGUACAUGGACAUUUUAAGGAUGUUAAGAUUUACCAAAUACAUGUACAGCUAGAAAAUCAACUGAAAAUUGUGAGAUUUCAAGAUUUGGAUUCCCAACAUGUCUUUGGGUUGCCUCCACUUCUUCGUGUAUUGAAAAGUCUUGUGCAACUGCUACCUUUAGCGAAACAACUGGAGCAUUACCAGAAGGAGGAUUAACUAAUUUUGGUUGUCAAGCAUAUCUCUAUACUUGUAUUCUAAACAAUUAAGCUAAUGGAUGCAUGGCUAAACCAAAUAGUUGCUCUUAAUUAGUGGUCUUUAAUUGUCUACCAGGAUCUAAAGCAAAUGGAGAUUGUUAUUGGAAUGGCAUCAGCUGCGUUGAUAGAAUUUGUGAAAAUAUUCCCCAAACCUCACAUAGUAAUUGUAAUAAUGUAUUUGCUUAAUGCACUGUAAAUUCUGCAAGAACCGCUUGUCAAUAACUAGCAAAUAGUUGUGCAUCUUAUUUAAUAGAAGAAAAUUGUAGAAUUACAUCAACAUUCAAAUAAUGCUUUUGGAAUGGAUUUUAUUGUAAAAAUGCUACUUGUGCUGAUGCUCCAGACUUUUAUGCUUAUGAUUCUGAUUAAGACUGUUUUAAUUACCCAACAUCAACCGAAACUUGUACAGUUAUUUACAAAACUGGAGCUUAAGGAUGUGUGUAAAAAUAAGUGAAUUGUUCAAAUUAUAAGACAGAGAGUUAAUGUAAGAAAACUAUCUCAAAUUUAACAGCUAAUAAUGAUUGUAAGUGGAUCUUUGGUAAAUGCUAUGCGUUAUCCACUUUUGCUACUGGUACAUGCUCAUCAUUCAAGGGUACAAUGUCAAUGUGUUAAUAAUAUAAAGUAGGAUGUACAAACACUUUCUUUGCAUCAUCCUCAGAGCCUUGCUUUUUAGAUUGUACUUUAAUAAGCGGAGUAAAUUUGACAUUUUAAGAUUGUUAAGCAUAUGAUUCUACAUGCUCAGUUAAAAUUGAUGGUUUUGCUUGUAUAAAUAUAAAAAAUAAUUGUACCGAUUAUGUCGAAAGAGUACAUUGUCUUAAAUCAAGAACAAGUUAUUGUGCAUGGAUCGAUUAUUUAUAUUGUGCUUAAGUGAGUUAACCCUCUUAAUGUUCAUUUGUAACAGGAUUAAAUAUUAUGGAUCAUGCUAAGUGUUAGCUUUAUCACUCUUCAUGCACAAGCUUAAAAGACGGCACUGGAUGCUAGGAGUUAAAGGAAAUUUGUUCAGACUAUUAUACCCCACUCAAUUGUUCUUUAUCUAGAUAAGGCAAAUGUUUCUUUGAUGGUACUAAUUGUUUUAGUAUUUUUAAUUGCUCUUCAAUCAUUGGAACAGGAUUAACUGAUGCUAUUUGUAAGAUGAAUAGUGCUGGGUGCACUUUAAAUGCUGAUCGAACUGCUUGUUAAGAAAGUUUAUCAACUUGUGCUCAAUAUACGAAUUGGAACUCUUGUACUAUUUCAUAAGCUGCAGCAACAGCAAAUAAAUGUGUCUGGACUGGCGUAUAAUGUAUUGCAAUUACCAGUGUUAGUACUGAAUGUACAUAUGUGACUGGAACUGGGUUAACAGAUACAAUAUGUACUUCAUAUCAUAUAGGUUGUACAGCUAAUAGAGAUGGCACAGCAUGUCAGGAAAAAAUGGGUUUUUGUUAGGAUUAUGGAACAUAUUCUGCCUGCUCAACAUCAAGGGCUACAAUGUAUAUCGAUAGAUGUAUAUGGAACGGUACAUAAUGCACUGUAGUUAUCUAACCUUAACCAGAUUGUCCAUUUGUUACUGGUACUGCAUUAACCGAUGCAAUUUGUUCGUCAUAUAAUUCAAGUUGCACAACAAAUAGAGAUGGAACUGCGUGUCAAGAAAAAAAACCUUAAUGUCAUGAUUAUUAAAUGUAGCAAUGUUCAAUAUCGCGUGAUUCUAGUUGUGUUUGGAGGGGAAGCUACUGUGAUAAUUUCUAAGUUAUUUCAGAUUGCGUAUAUAUUAUUAGAACUGGACUAACAGAGGCAAUAUGUGAAACAUAUAGUUUCGGGUGUACAGUGAAUAGAUUUAGAACAGAAUGCCAGGAAAAACGAUUAUAUUGUUUUGAAUAUGCUCAAGAUUCAACCUGCUCAGAAUCUUUUAUGAGUGCUUGUUAUUGGGAUGGAACAAGUUGUAUUUCUAUUACCAACACAGCUACUGGUUGUGAAUAAAUCACUGGAUCUAAUUUAACUGAUUAGAUUUGUACAAAGUAUAAUUCAGGUUGUUUUAGUCAAAAAGAUGGUACUGCUUGCUAAGAAGCUAAAUUUAGUUGCAAGGACUACACAACGUUUAAUAAAUGCACUACAUAAACGAAUGGCCCAAUUUCAUGUAUUUGGUCUAAUAACUCUUGCUAUCCCUUUACAGGUGUUGGUGUAAAUUGUGGUGUAAUAACAGGAAGUGGGCUUGAUCAUGCUUAAUGUCAAGAGUAUAACUUAGAUUGUACAUCCGUUUAGGAUGGAACCAAAUGCUAAAACUUUAAAUAAACUUGCGAAGAAUAUCCAGGAACAUAUUAGAAUUGUCUAAAAUCUGUUACCUCAAAAUGUUAUUUAUUAUAUGACUCGACUUGUAUCACAAUUUCAAAUCCUGCUACUGAUUGUGCUAAAAUUACUGGUGCCGCUGGAUAUAUAACUUAUGAAAUUUGCUAGUCUUAUAACACAGGAUGCAGCGUAAAUAGAAUAAGGAAUGCUUGUGUCUUACAAUAAGCUGAAUGUUAUGGAUAUGCAGUUCUUAAUAGUUGCUAUAAAUCAGCAGCUGGGCUAUGCAUUAGUACAUAUGGUGAUACUGCUUGUGUAUCAGCAUCAUCUGCUGCAACUUGUGAUACUAUAUUCUUAGGACCUGGAAAUUACAGUAAUGCAAAUUGUGCUGAAAUGAAGGCUGGAUGUACAAAUAAUGGAACAACUGGAUGUGUAGCAAGAACUUGUGCAAAUGCUGUCGAUAUAACAUUUAAUCAUUUAAAUUGCAAUACUUGGCUUAAUACUUGUACUGUGAAUUCUGGAAAGACUGGAUGCUAAACUAUGGUAUUAAGAUGUGCUGAUUAAGCUUUAUCUUCUUGCCUUUACUCUGUAGAAGGAGAUUGUGUAGUAGUGGGAUCCUCAUGUGUACGAAAGACUUGUGAUACUGCACCUGCGAAUCUUGCUUAUGAUGAUGAUACUGAAUGUUCAUCUUACUUACAAUCAUGUACUGUUGCUCGAUUAGGAGGGUGUCAAGAGAGAAAAGCUUGUGCUUCUUAUAAAUCUUAAAUCUAAUGUAAGUUUGAUACAACUGGUGGAAAAUGCUUCUGGAAUCCCACUUAAAUGAUAUGUGUUGAUUUGACUUGCCGAAAUAUUGAAGUCACUUCUUUAUUCGAUACUCAUAGUGAAUGUGUUGCAGUCGAUUCAACACUUGCUUGCACAGUUAGAGCUGCAGAUGGUGCUGCUAUUCCAGGUUGCAUGUCAAGAGGAGCAUGCAGCUCGUAUACUAUUGAAGAACAAUGCAAAACUAACGCAAGCGGUGAUUUUUGUAAUUGGAAUAUGAAUGCAGAACCUACUUGCCGAGAUAAGUCUUGUACUACCGCUUCUUAAGAUCUUUCAACCCAUAAUGAUUGUUAUGCUUACUUCAAUACAGCAACAGUAAAAUGUACUGUUUUUGCUACUCCAAGCAAUCUUGGUCCAAUUUUAGGAGGAUGUUAAUAGACUGCUGCAUGUUCAAGCUAUAUUGAUAAAGAAUAGUGUUAAAUAAAUGCCAAUGGAGAACCAUGUGGAUGGAAUGGUAUUUAAUGUGCUGACAAAGCUUGUGCUACUGCUCCUGCAACAGCAGAUUAUGAUGAUGAUACCAAAUGUAGAGCCUACAUAACUAAUAAAUGCACAGUCUCAGAUUCUGGAUAAGGGUGUGUAGAUAUUCCUGCAACUUGCGAAACAAUGACAUAAAAGCAAUGUUAUUAUAAUAAAGCUGGGGAUCCAUGCUAUUGGACAGGAACAGCUUGCAUUACUAAAUCAUGUGAAAAUGCUCCGGAUGCGACAUCUACUGCAGUUGAUUGUAAUACUUAUUUAGCUGGUUGUACUUUAGAUGCUGUUAAAUGCAAAACUAAAGUUUGUGAAGAUUUUGCCUAUACCACAGAUGAUGUAUGUAAACAAGCUAUUUCGACAUGCACAACAAAUGGAGUCAUCUGUGUUACAAGAGGAUCAUGUUUGCAGGCUUUACAUAAGGCUGGAUGUAUUACUUCUUCAACCGGAGAUUAAUGUGAGUGGGUUCCUGAUACUGAGGACGAUGAAUGGUAUUGUACCAUAAAAACUUGUUCCACAGCACCAAGUACUUUGUUAACUGAAUAGUAAUGCAAAGAUUAUUUACCUAUUUGUACCACAAAAAAAGGAGGAGGAUGUGUUAAGAAAUCAUCAUGUUAUGCAGCUACUGUUGAAAGUGCUUGCACAAUUUCAAUAGAUGGUUAGAUUUGUGCAUGGGACAACAUUCAACAAUUAUGCAGAGUUUAAGAUUGUUAAGAUUUAGAGGGAUCACUUCAUACUUCAUGUCAAGCCAGAAGAUUGGAUUGCACUGCAGGAGUUCAUGGGAAAUGUGCAAAGAUUCAAAGUUGUGAAAAGACUACUGUUAGAGCUGCUUGCAUACAAGGGUUGAAUGGACAAUGUCUGUGGAUUGAUUAAUAUAUAAAUUAGGAUGGUUCUUUAGGAGCUUGUUUCUCAUACACUUCUUGCGAGAGUUUAAAGUGGAUUAGUGAUUAAUAAUGUAAAUAAAUAAGUGAUAAAUGUACAACUGAUGGGUCAAAGUGUGUGGCUAUUACUUCAUGUUCAGAAACAAAUACUAAUGGAGGUUGUGUCACUGGAUAUGAUGGCGUUUGUAUGCAAUCAGUGCGAGCCUUGCGUUCUAUCGAUCCAGAGGUUUGUUAACUAUUUACAGCUUGUGCAAAUGCCUUCUACCUAACUCAUGAAGAAUGUCAAAGAGCUAAUAGUAGUUGUACAACAAAUGGAUUAACUGGUUGUAUCUAAUUAGGAGAAUGUUCAUCAUAUAAUUCUAAAGCUGGAUGUGUUAAAAAUGAAAAAGGACCUCAAACUGCAACUGAUGGGUUGACAUCAACUGGACUAUGCACUUGGGAUUCCGAUAGUUGUAGAGAUUAAGUAUGUUCUGAUUACAAUGGAACCACACAUCAAGAAUGCUCUAACUUUCUAUCAGCCUGCACCACAAAUGGAAAGACUUGCUUACUAAAAUAAUAAUGUUCGGCAUAUUCGGAUAAAAUAACUUGUGAAAAAGCAGUUGGUUCCAAUGGUAAUUGUAUUUGGGAAAUAGAAUCAAUAAAAAACAAUUAUAAAGCUUCAUGUAGAGUAUUCACCUGCCAAGAUAUUUAAAUCUAGUUAUCAACAAAUGUAUGUUUAACCUCUUCCCUCUCUUGUGUUUUAGAUAAUAAUAUUUGUAUUCCAAAAGCAAAUUGUUCAUCGUAUACCUCCAAGACAGCCUGUAAUUCUGGAGGAAUCUCAGGAUAAAUUUGUGUUUUUGAAUAACAAAGCGGCUAAAAUGCUAUUCUUGGAAUUGGAACUUGUACGUUAAUGACGGAAUGCAGCACAGCCAAUAAUGAUUAGAAUGCCUGUUAGUCUGCAAAAGAUAGAUGUUAUUGGAAACCAGCAGAGACUAUUAAUGGUUAAUAUACUCGAAGUUUAUGUUCUACACUGACAUGUGCAGAAAACUAUAAACAAAAUGGACUUUGCACUAGAUUUUAUAAUUGGGAUAAAAACACAAAAUAAUAGUGCUCUCUAAUUAAAGGAUCAUGUAAUCCUAUAAGUCCUAGUAGCCUUUUGUAAAGUGAUUGUUUCAAGGGUACUGAAUACACAUAUACUUGGAAUACUGAAACCUCAAAGUGUUAGGUUUGUACAGAAGUAAAAGUAGAAAAUAACACUAAUCAAACGGAUCCUAACAGUGGUAACCAAGAUAAUCAAUAGGAAAAUCAAGAAACUACAUCUUCAAACUUAAUUUUAAGAAUAAUUGGAAUAAUCGUAAUAGACCAUUUUAUAUUAUGA